AUGUCUCGCGCAGGUCUGUGGUUCAAGGUCAUCGCAGGUGGUAUCCUGAUCUCAAUCGGCGGCCCUGCCUUUGUCGAGUAUAUCCGGCCCACUGAUGAGGAGCUUGUCAAGCGGUACAACCCGGAGCUGCGGAAGCGCAGCGCCGAGCAAGGACAGCAGCGUGCGCAGGAGUUUGACGACUAUGUCACAAAGUUGAAGGAGUGGUCCAAAUCCGAUAAGUCCAUCUGGUUCGCCGCGCAGGAAGAAUUGGAUGCGAAGCGCGCCCAGAUAGAGGCACAACGUACCAAGGCCAAGGAGGAAUCCAAGGUACAACGGGACGAGAUGCGCAAGGAGCUUUUGGGCGAAAAAUGA